AUGCCCCUGUCCCGAGCCAUCAACUACGAUGUCAAAUGGAACUACAUGAUUCUUUCCGAACACAGUCUUCCAGAAGACGCUCCAAAAGAAGUACGAGAAGAAGCCAGAAAGCGAGAUCGGUUCGAGAAGCUUUCGAACGAUAUCGCUCAUAAACGACGACGUGAUCAGGUGGUAGCCAUCAUGAAAGAAGCUCGGUCGAUGCUGAGAGAUGUCGAAGAACCAAUUCCUCUUUUGACCUUCGGACAAGCCAAAUGGCAAAUUCUUCUUCGUUUACUUCUCAGUAGUAUUCACACCUCUCUUGGUCACCCUUGGCGAGCAUAUCGAAACAGUGAGAACGCUGGUCAUGCAAUACGCCAGCUUACUGCCGUUGGAUGCUACUUCAACGAGGGUGUCUGGUUGUGGAUGUUUGACCGUGCUACUUACCUGAGAGCCGUCACUUUCAAAGCUUGGAGGGAGAAGGUUAGGAAAGAGGAGCCGGAUUCCGAUCCGGAAAGUUCAGAAUCUGAGACUGAAUGGUUAACAAGUGAUAUUGUUGACAAAUGGUACGAAGAAAUGGAAGAAGCUAUCGAAGGUGCCUCACCCAGCUUUGGAAGGGAAACUCCCCCCAGUUGGUCUACGAGAGCUUCUUCUGGUGUCGAGACUCAUCUUCAAACUCCUCGCCACUCUAAAUCCACUCGAUCCGGUUCUAGUGUUGCCAUCAAAAGCCUCACACCGCUCGCCAGUCCCUCGAGCAUGAGAUCCAGAAAGUUUUCUUUCACUGAGGAAUCCAAAGAGAAAUAG